AUGAAGCCCGACAGCAAGAGCGACACCUCUCUCGACAUGGACCUCAAGCACGAAGACAACUUUGUCGAGAACGCCAUCCAGGGCAAGACCAUCUUCUUCCCCGACAACCUCAAGGACUACCCCGAUGCUCCGACCUACGCGCUCGUUGCUGAAGGCUAUGACCUGCUCGAGGAGGAGAAGACGUGGUCAAACUGGCGCACCUUGAAGACCAACUGGCGCCAGGUCCUUCACACCAUGCCGUACCUUAUCGCUUGUAUCGGACAGGGUUACGACAGUGGUGCCAACGGUAUCGCUGGUGCCAUGGGCGCGUUCCUGAUCAAGUUUGGCGAGCCCACUGCUGCUGGCUCGCUUGCUAUUCCUUCUUUGUGGCUGUCUCUUUGGGGAGCCUUCCUCUACUUGGGCAUGGCCUUUGGUAACGCCAUGACUGGUUCACUGGUAGACCGCUGGGGCCCGCGCAGGGUCAUCUUGGUGGCCAGCGUGUGCAUGUUUUUCCCGGUUGCCCUCCAGUGCUUUGCUGUCAACAGCAUCAUGCUCCUGUUUGGAAAGAUGCUCGGUGGUAUUCCGAUGGGCAUCUUCAUCGUCAGCGCCAACAACUUCAUUUCCGAGAGUGUGGGCAUCAAGCUCAGGGCUCCCAUGUCUUGUCUGGUCGGCCUCAUGUCCAACUUUGGUCUCGUGCUCGGCCUUACGGUUGGCUACAUGGGCAUCGGCCACAUCGACAACGGAUGGAACUCGUGGCGCCUCCUCUUUGCGGUGCAGUUCCUUUUCCCCGGCCUUACCAUUGUGACUGUCAUCUUCGCUGCCGACUCGCCUGUGUAUGCCGUCAAGAAGGGCAGGCCCGACAUUGCGCUCAAGAUGAUCGCCAGGCUCAACGGCCCCAAGGACAGGCACACCCAAGCUCGUCUCGCUGUCGUCCAGCAGACUGUCGCCGUCGAGCAGCUCGCACACACUCACUAUGGCGCCUCCCACUGGGCGGACCUCGUUUCCAACCCUAUCGACCGCAACCGUACCUUCACCACUAUUGGUCUCUGGGUCUCCCAGGCGUUCGGCGGAGCAUCAUUCCUCGGCCAAGGUCUCUACUUCCUUUCUCAGCUCGGCAUCAACUUUGACAUUGUCUUCUCUAUUUCCAUUUCUCUCGUCGCUCUCUCCGCUCUUAUGAGCAUCUUCACCGGCUACAUUCUCGAGAGCGUCGGCCGUCGCAAUGUCUUUGUGUACGGCAACAUUUUCCACAUGGGCAUUCUCGCCGCCGUCGGUGGACUGGGAUGGGCCAAGUCGACGGGUGCUGGCUGGGCGCUUGCCAUUCUGCUCAACCUCGGUAUCUCGACCCAGGUCUUUGCCACCAACUCGCCGGCUUACACUUUGAUGAACGAAAUCUCUUCGUUCCGCCUGCGCGCAAAGACCCAGGCCCUGUCCAUGUUCUGCAACAAUGUUCUCGUCUGCGGCUUCAACCUCAUGGUCCCUUACGUCUUCCAGGCCCCCGGCAACCUUGGUUCCAAGACCGCCCUCAUCUUCGCCGGUCUCGAAAUCUUCGUCAUUGCCUUUGGCUACGCCUACGUCCCCGAGACUCGCAACCGCACCGCCGCCGAGAUCGACCUUCUGUACGAGAACAAGACCCCUGCCCGUCAUUUCGAGAAGACCGACACGGCUGUCCUCCAGCACGAGGAGAUUGUGAGCCACGCCCAGGGCCAGGGACACGCCUAG